AUGGAGAUCAUCGACCUGCCCAAUGACCUGUUCCUGCUCAUCACGGCGCACCUGUCCGCCAGGACCUUGAUCCUGUGCCGAAGGGUCUCGCAGAGGUGGCAUGCUGCCUUCACAGACCAGGCCCUCAACCUGCACCUCCUCAAGUGGCAUUUCCCGAGGUGCCGAGAGUUGCGGAAGGCCUAUGUCGCAAGGGGUGGCGAGCUCCCGACCACAGCCACAGGAGGUCUUUUGGAGGCUAAUCAGGCUCAGGGCUGCCGUCGUUGUCGAGGACCACCAUCACCAGACUGGACAGGAACCUUCGCCCUCGUGGCCAGCAGGUAUCACCACUUGCGCACAGCAACAGCCCGCUCCAUCGAGAAGAUCCGCCUUGGCAGUACUACGGGACCAGACUACAACAGAGAUGUUUUCUACCCUGUCGCUCCAUGGGACCGCUAUCUCCGCCUCGACAACAAGACGGCGCCCUUCCACUACCCUGACCCGAGCUGGUGCUACGGCCAAGAUGAAGAUGGUGACGACGACGAUGAGGAUGGCGGCGCCGCAGCAGUGCUGGUCUACCGCAUUCACCCUGCCGAUGUGGUCGACGAGGUCCGCGAGCACAUCUAUCCAUGGCGUCUCCUGGACCUGGACACCAGCGAGGCCGUCGAGAUUCCCUUUCCCUGCGACCAGGACAGGAUCGUGCGGCGGGUGAGGUUGGCAGAGGGCGUGCUGGUCUUUGAGUGGUGCGAGAGACUUCCCUACCACCAGCUCAACGACCGCGAGGAGUGUCACCGGCACUACGUCUCAGCUUUUGACAUAAAAAGGACGAGGAGGAGGCAUAACGAUGACGACGAUGACCAUCACCACCACCACCACCUCCUCCUCCUCCUCCAGUGGGACAUCACCCCUCGUGCCGAUUUCAAGCUCCACUUCCUGGGCCUCCCCCUCAACACCCACGACCGCUUCCUCUCCGCCCACACAGCCACCCACUACGCUGUCUACGUCUGGCAGCCCAACCGCUCCCCCUGGGGCGAGGAUGACCCGAUCGAGUCCGUCGUCGUGUGGGACAUGUCGUCGUCGUCCACAGAGGCCAAAGUCGUCAGGCGCAUGACCUGGUCCGCACUCGCGUUCUACGGGGUUCGUCAGAGGUCGGCGCCCAGGCUGUCCGGGCUGGGCUUGGAUGGACGGAAUCUGUAUUUUGUGGAGGAGGAGCAUCGGUGGGCGCAGGGGGCGCACAGCAGCUUGAGUGCGCCGCGGGUGCAUCUUGUCCGGAGCACAGGGGUGCCCGUGAUCCCUGGCCCUCGCAGCGUGGACGGUCCUGCUGCUGCUGCGGAGGAGGAGGAAGGCAGAGGAGAACAGGAGGAGCAGGUCGUCCAGGGGCCUGCGUGGCUCGACCAGUGCGGCGCAAACGGCGACGUCAACCUGUCCUUUUGCUCACGGCUCCACGCCGCCGCCAGCCCUGACGCCAUCACGUCCCCAGGCAUCUGGAACGGAUCCAUCCCUUCCUCCUUGUCCUCCGUGCACCACCACCAGCAGCAGCACCACCGCCGCCGCCACAUGCCGACGACCUUGUCCCAGGAGCUUGAGUCCUCCCUGCGCACCUCCCCGACCCGCUGGUCUGGCUGGGCCCCUUGCUGGCGCCACGAGGAGUUUCCUUACCUCACCGUCAGCGAGGCGGUGGACUUUCGGGCCGGUGUCAGGAUCACGGCUCGCCACUGUUUCAUGCUCGAGACUUUGAGUGUGCAUGUGCGGCCUUUGCUGUCUGUGAGGGGUGGUAAUAGCGGUGGAGGAGGAGAAGGUAGUAGUAAUAGAAAGGCCGGGAGGCAGGAGAGGAGGGAUGGGGACGGUGAGGGAAUCGAGGAGGUACAGUUCGCGGAUGAGAUGUGGGACGAGCUGCUGGGGAAGGGGUUCAUCUGUGGGGACGAGAGGUGGCUUGUUGGGGAAGAUAUGCAGGGGCAGAUCACGAUUGUGAGGUUUUGA